AGCUGACAGUAAAUAAUGAAGGCUCAUGAUAUAGGGAACCGAUAAUUGGUCCCUUUUUCCGCACAUAUCAUGAGAAAGAACAUGAUAUGGACCACUUUUAUACCUCGCGUCUGACGGUUUUUCUUUCCAGCGGUUUACCCAAUAAGCUUGGUACUUCAUGUAUUAUUUCAUUUCUAACGUGUCUUAAAAUAUCAUACAAAAGAUUGCCGUAGAUUAUAAUGACAUAAAGUAUCAUCCUUUAUUGUGGAAUCCAAUAUGGCGUAUCGUAAUGUUGUUAAAAACCCAAGAUUACAAUCGAGAAUAUUUCUUACCAAUUGGUUUAUGAAGAUAGUCAGACCUGGUAGAGAGCUCGAUGAUAAUGUAGUACAGUUCCAUGUGCCUUUGGACAUGUCGAAGCUAGAUAUAAAGAACUACUUAAAAAGCAUAUACAAUGUUGAUGUAGCAAGAAUCARCACUAGAAUACAAGAAGGUAAAACAAAAACGAUUGUCAAAGGUGACAGAUUAGUCAAGAACAAGUACCCUGAUUAUAAAGUUGCAUAUAUUACACUAGCUGAAGGUACCUUUAAGUUCCCAGACAUGUUUCCCAAGAAAGGACAAACAAAAGAAGAGCCAACCAACACACAAGAAACAUCUUCCACCAGAGAAACAACAAGUACUGAUGAUCUCAGAUGGUUUUGAAAAUUGAGCACGUUUAUAUCAUACCCAUCAAUAAUUUCAAUUUWAAAAAAAUACCAGCAUUCAAGGAAGAUAAAAAUAAAAUGGAAUCUAAAAAGA